AUGUCCGCGUUCGUCGUAAAUAAACUGAAUACCGAUGGUUUGUUUGCCUCGGGUUCACGGCUACUCGCAUCCGGCAGGUUUUCGUUCGACCCUGCUCUCGUGAAGAAACGACGCCGCUCUCCGCUGAGCAAACAGUCAGAUAAGUCGAAAACCCGUUGGGAAUCGCAGCAUUCUACGAUGCACGAGCUUGCUAACCUCUCUUCCGACCAUCCGACAAAAGAGGCGCUGCGGCAAGUGAGCCUUGAGGAGUUCAUCAGGCGUAUCGAGAAGCGCCCGGAGCGGAAACGCAUUCCACGUCCUGCGGAGGCACACGAACCUUCAUAUGAUGCCGUGGUGUACCUGAAGGGGCUGCCAUACGAGGCUACUGAGGAGGACAUUCGAAGCUGGCUGUCGGAUUACGAUAUUAUCUGCGUCGUGCUGAUCAAGAACGAGAAUGGGUGUUUCACUGGUGAUGCGUAUGUUCGCUGCACCAACAUCGCAGAGAGGGAUCGUUUGCAGCGGGACAUGUCUGGGAAAUCCCUGGGUAUGCGGUACGUGCCCAUGUACCGUGUGACAGAGUCGGCAUAUAUGGAGUACUACCGGACCGGCUUUCGCCGCGAACCUGCAAAGCGCAAUUACAUCUCCCCUCAAGUGCUAGUUAUGAAGCAUGGCGUUGGCAUAGAGCCAACAGACGUAUGCGGCCUCAAAAGCGGCUCUCGAAUUUGCGGCGUCGUAACUAACAUAUAUCGCAACGGCGUUCUUGUGGAUUGUAACGUCUACGAGUCGGUGGGAGGCCUACGGGAGCGAGUGUUUUGCGUGUUGAUGCGCAACCGUAUAGCGCGUAAUGUUGGUCUUCUGGGUCAGCAGCGCGAGUGGCUGCGGACGAAGGACUUGGUGCUCUUCCCGGGAAUAAAACUGAACCUUUACGUGGAGAAAGUGCGCCAAACCACCGCCCAGUCAUCGUUCGAUGAAGAUUUAUGGCGCGAGCAUUUCGGGGAGCCCUUUGAGUCCUUGAAUGCGUCGUCUUCGCUGCCAAAGCGUUCCAUGGUCUACCUCACCAUGGACUCCUCUGUGAAUGAUGACAAGGUGCAGUGGUGGGAGAGACGUCUCGUUGAUACGUAUGCGAAGUUUACGCUGCACGAUAGUGAGCUCCCCGAACGAAUCCACGACGAAGAGGUUUUCCAGAGGGUGGCUGUUGGCGAUUCGUGGCUGGGUGGCCGUCCGAAAGUGGAACGCAAUGAGGUAGCGGCAGGGCACGUAUCCAUAGGCGGCAAUAAAAGGAUAGUUGAGAAAACUUCAACGUUUGCUCGCGAGGCUGAGGAACCCGAUCCAGCUGACGAUGUAGACAGUCCUGCUUACCACGAGCUUGUGCGCGAAUUUAUGCGUGACUCGGAUAUAGACAAGUAUGGAACGCGGUAUCACGGUUUCGAAGAUGCAGAAGCAGGCUUAGAUUUAACGGAAACACAUCGGGAGUCCACUGUGGAACCCAUUUUACUGAAUGUGGAUUCGCCGAACGAACCAGCCGUAUUUGAAGAUACCGAGAUGUCGGAGGCUGGAAGUUCCGCAUCAACUGAGAUACCGUUUGAUACGUCAACAGGUGCGAGCAAAGUGUCAUUCCAACGAACCAAAGUUUUGAGUAAGACACCGUCGUUAGGAGUUGGAAGGGCAAAAGGCGAAGGUGAAACCGGCGAGGCUCAUUACUUUGCCGAUCGCGAAAUUGAUUCGCCACCAACGUCGCUGAUGCCAGCCGAUGCAUUAGACGGGCUGAAUGUGAUAGAGGAUCUGCGUCGGAAAACUGCUGCAGAAGAACUGAAGGUACUCCCGCGCACAACUCUCUUCGACGAGUGCAUUCAGCUUCCGGGUAGCGGCUGGCUACUACGGCGCUCUGACGUUCCCAAAUUGGCGGAACCUCAGGUGGUUGCCAUAUUACGUCAACUGGGCAAGGAGGCAGUUAAGGACGCUGAAAACCCUGACUUUGAAAAUCGCAUGUUGUUGUUCCAGGUGAUAAAGGAGCAAGGCCUCGGCACGGGUUUAGACCCCAAGACGCUGAUCGCCAAGGGUCUGUACAAGGUUAAGCAGUCGAAGAAGAAGCUGAAGCGGAUCAUCGAGCUAACAAAGAAUCUAACGGGUCGGCGUUUCACCAGGGAGGACCUAGACGCGGCGUCGAAGUCGGAACUACAGAUGUUGGCCGAGGAAUCGCUGCGCAAAUUCUUACAGUGGAACCCGGCCGCCGAUGUAAAGCGUGUGUUUGUCGACAUGUAUGGCGGUACCCUAUCGAAUCUGCCCGAGGGUGCCAACUUGGACGAGCGUUGGGACGCGCUCAAAUGGCACAUAGUGCUUGAGAUAUACGGCGAACAGAGCGACUUGAAGGAGAUACUCCGUGAUAUUGAGGAGAACGAUCGCAUGCUGGGCCAGCAGGUCAGAUCUCCGUCUGACGUUCUGGGUGACUUGGUGAAAAGCUCCAUAGAGGACAUGUGCUCUGAGCGGCGUACCGAGCAUGAGCCGCCAUCCACCUAG